AUGACUGAGGUAGUGGAAAACAAGCCUUUUGCCCUCCAUUUGUCGAAUAUCUACUUCACAAUUUUUGCACUUUUCUGUUUUAAGCUAUUUGUGAAAAUCAGCCUUGCCAUACUUAGCCACUUCUACAUAGUCAAAGGAAAUCGUGAGGAAGCAGCCCGGAUAGCUGCAGAAUUUUACGGAGUUACUGAAGAAGCAAGGUCCUGGGCAGAUCGGUCACCCCUUCAUGAAGCAGCUAGUCAGGGCCGACUUCUGGCUCUGAAGACUCUGCUUUCCCAGGGAUAUAAUGCAAACACCCUGACCAUUGACUAUGUCACCCCACUGCACGAAGCCUGUCUUGGAGACCAUGUAGCCUGUGCUAGAGCACUUAUUGAAGCAGGCGCCAAUGUGAAUGCAACUACAAUUGAUGGAGUGUCUCCACUGUUUAAUGCUUGUUCACAAGGCAGUGCAACUUGUGUGGAGAUAUUAUUACAACAUGGCGCCAACCCUCAAUCAGACACAUGCCAACCUUCACCAAUUCACGAAGCAUCCAGUAAAGGGAGGAGCGAGUGUGUGGCAGCCCUAAUAUCUUGGGGAGCUGAUGUUGAUCAAAACAUUCCUCACUUGGGAACUCCACUCUACGUAGCAUGCGUCUCUCAGCAACUGCAUUGCACACAAGUGUUACUCGAUGGAGGAGCUAAUGUUCAGAAAGGCAAAUUCCUUGAAACCCCGUUGCAUGCUGCUGCUCAGCAAAAUAGCCCUGAGGUUGUAAAAUUACUGCUGGACUUUGGGGCAGACAUCAAUGUAAAAAACUUGGACCUGAAGCGACCUGUGGAGGCAGCUGCACCAGGCAGCCUGGUGGAGAAGUUCCUAUUGCUACAUGAAGCCACUCCCUGUUCUCUGCGUCAGCUCUGCCGCCUGAGUAUCAGAAACAGCAUGGGGAGGUCCAGACAACACCUCAUUUCACAGCUCCAGCUGCCUACCAUCCUGCAGAAUUUCCUACAGUACAGAUAAAGAUCUUAACAAUUGCAUUGCUAAAGAUUAACUAGACUCCUGGUUUAAUCCAGAUACAGUACUGUAUAAGAACAAUCAAUCUUACAAAUAUUACCCGUGGUAAAUGCAGCCUCGUAAACAGUGAGUGCUUCAUUUCAAAACUCAACUACAUAUACAGCAUCUGAUUGACAGCAUUUAUCAUCAUAAUUAACCUUAAAUUUUUUGAAAGACCUGAACUUAGAUGUAUUUUUCUUGAUAAUCUGAUCAACAAUAUAUUUUUCAAUAGACAAUUUAAUAACUAAUACAUGUGACGUAUAGAAUAUGAACAACCAAAGUGAUUUUGGAUUAUCAUUGGAUGAUUUUGGAUUAUCAUUGGAUGCCUUUCGAUUAUCAUUGGAUGAUUUUGUGUCAGCAAAGCCUUAUGUUGCAUUUUGCCUGUAGCUAAUUGCAAAUAACUUGGUUAUUAUCCUUAUAUCUGAAAGCCAUGGCCACGUAGUAGUGCCAGAAGGUUAAAAAAGUCAACUCAUCCUCUACGUUAGGUUCGUUUUCACCUUAUUAGUGUAUGUUAAAAUCACAGGUAUAACAAAGCUGCCUUUUCUGUUUAAAUAAUACACAUCAAUAUAUGUAUAUCAGCGUGUAUAGCUUAAAAUUAAUAAUUUUAAUACGGUUUUCCUCACUAUGGGCUCUGCUCACAUCAAACACAAAAAGGCAAUUCAUCUUGAUAAUUAUGUGCACUAUAAUUUUCAUUGUAAAUAUUUGUUUGUACUUUUAAGAUUUCCAUAUGAAUGAUUAAUAUGCGGGCGGCACGGUGGCGUGGUGGUUAGUGCUGCUGCCCCACAGCUCCAGGGUCUGCCUGUUUGGAGUUUGCAUGUUCUCCUUUGUGUUUGUGUGGGUGUUCUCUGGGUACUCCAGUUUCCUCCCACAGUCCAAAGACAUGCUGGCUAGGUGAAUUGUCCUCUCUAAAUUGUCCUGUCCAAGGUGUAGUCCUGCCUUGUGCCCCUAUGUCUGAAGGGUUAGGCUCUGACUCACUGCAACCCUCUACAGGAUUAAGCGGUUACAGUUAAUGGAUGGAUGAUUACUAUGUCACUAGUGUAAAUUCUUACUUAUUACUUAUAUAAUCCUUCAGCCAGAACCAACAUACAGUACUUUACAGAUAUGUUGUAGUAAUAUAUUAACGGCAUGUUACGUUAUUUUUUGACAUUUUUCUACAUUUAGUAACAGUUUUUAGCACACGUUUACACUGAAAUCUUAAUAAAAAUAUAUAACACUAUUUUAUCUUCCAUGUUUAAAACAGGCUAUUUUUGUUACAAUAGUUCCAUUAUACCACCCAAUUAGCCAG